CACAUCAACCAGACCAGAGAGACACACAUCCAGAUUUCAGCUGAUUGCGUGGAGGCACCGUCUCAUUCUGCUGCUCGUGUCGGCAUCCUUGUGGUUAUUUUCCUCAUUUUUCUGUCAGCAGCAGCUUUUGUUGUGUGGAAAUGGAGACAAACUAAAAAAAGCAAAGACAAAAAGACGCAUCAUGAGGCUGAAACUGAAGAGAGAGGAGAGCAGCUCAUAGCAGAACAAAAGAAAAUGGAGAGUUUGGAGGAGAAAAAGGUGCAACUUGAAGAAAUGUUACAGAGGAGGGAACAAGAACAAAAAGACUUGGAGCAGGCCGCUGAAUUUCUGACGAAGGAGAAGGAGAAACUACAAAACGACAAAGAUCAUUUUCAACAGAAAAUAAAGAGCACAGAGGAACAGAUGACAGAUAUCGAGAAGAAGAUGAAAUCAGUGGAGACGAUGGCAGAAAGCGACCGAUACCUCGCGAUGAAAGACCUCGUAAAUACGGCCAAAAGUCACCUGAAUAAAAGACAACAUGAAGAUAAAGAAUUGCAACUAACGGUACACACAGUACUGAAUAAAAUAAACGGUUUGUUAGCUGGAGCGACUGAGAGGAAAGAGGCAGCAGAGAAACACAACGAGAAAAUCAAAGAGCAGCUGCAGCAGAUCGAGAAACAAAAAGACGAGAUUCAGAGGAAACUUCUGAGCUGAAAACUUGACCCGCUGAGAUUAUUAGGAAACAUAAAGUUUUAACAUUUUCUGGUGCUGAUAAAGGUUUGUUUUUAUCAACAAUGAGACACGACGUGACAUAAAAAAUGCUCACUAACAUCCAUGUUACAGAGCAGGUUCUUCUGCUCUGAUGGCUGUGGGAUCAAAAAUGUCAGUUUGAAUGGGUUUCAAUGG